UUUAUGCAGAAUACAACGACUAUCCAAUUCUUUUAGGCUUUUUAUUUGGCUAAAAUUUACCAAUUCAAUCUAAGGGUUCUAUAUAUGUGUCAAUUCCUCAAUCCUUUUAUUAGAACUGCAACUACGCUAAAGAGCACAAGUAUUGAGUUUUGCAUAACGCUAUUAGUAUGGGAUCGAUUGCUCCAGAAGAUGAAGAAGUGACGGUGGUGGAAGUUAGAGAAGCUUCGCCAGCUCACUAUUUGUUGAAAAUUGAGUCUUUCUCACUACUUUCAGAGAGUGGCAUUGAGAAGUUCGAAUCAAAAGAGUUUAAGGCUGGUGGUUAUAAAUGGAAAAUGAUCAUUUAUCCUAAUGGAAACACACGUGAAAAUGGAAGUGGACAUCUUUCAGUUUACUUAGCCAUUUCAGGGACAAGUUCCCUGCCUGCUGGUUGGGAGGUCAAUGCUAUAUUUACCUUCUUUCUGUUCAAUCAACUCCAUGACAACUAUCUUUCAGCGCGAGGAAAAAUGCGGCGGUUUCAACCUAUCAAGUCUUUAUGGGGACUUCCCAAAUUUCUUUCUCACAAAGCAUUCAAAGAGGUCUCUAAUGGAUACCUUGUUGACGACAAAUGUGUGGUUGGAGCAGAGAUAUUUAUCGUGCAAAGGCAAGCAAUUGGUGAAUGUUUGUCCAUUGUGAAAUCUAACGGCUCAUUUAAGCGUGAAUGGAAGAUCUGUAAUUUCUCCAAUCCUGGCAAAAAUUGGCUUUCUGAAGAAUUUACUGUGGGAGAUCACAAAUGGCAGCUAAAGUUAUAUCCAAAAGGCGAAGCACACAAUAAGGGAUAUAUCGCGAUAUACUUACAUUCUGUUGAUUCUAAGGACUUCAAUCACCAUCAAAAAGUGAAGGCAAAUUGCAGCAUCAACCUCAAAAAUCAGAUAAAUGGUGGAUACAAAAAGCGAUCUUAUUGCAAGUGGUUUUCUGCCACCUCACGGACGUGGGGUUUUACAGGUUAUAUGCCUUCAGCUCAGUUGCAUGAUCAGGAAAAAGGUUAUCUUGUCAAUGAUUGUAUUGUGGUGGAGAUUGAGCUGGAAGUUGUGUUUAAGCAUAGCGUAAAGAGCUUAUCUUAACUUAGUUUACAGUUUAUUAGUAACUGUGGGAGUCUCUCUGCACAGUAGUUAACCAGUCAUUUUGACCUUAAUAAAAAUAAAUAAAAGAAAGAAUGUAUAUCACUAAGUCAUGGUUAAGUGAUAAAUUUUGUUACUGAAGACGCAAGUCUUGCAUUCAGUGGUUGGAUAUUAACCUCUCGUUGUGGGUAAGUUUUGCCCUUCUUUCUAAGUGUUAUUGGAGAUGUUGUCGAUUGCUCAUUUUAUAUCCUACUGUAGUUUGUUAUGAAGAUCAUUUAGCAGUAGUAUUAUUUUUCUAAAUUGUGACUUGUAUUCUCUGUGUCUGCCUAAAACAGAGACAAAUAUAAGUUUUUGCAAUAAGUUUCAAUGUUG